UCCGAUGAUUAAACAGUUGAAAAAUUCCAAGAAAAAAGCAAUAUACUCCCGCAAAACACUAACUUAUGCUUGUUAGUACAAGACAAGAAGCAUGAAUAAUUAUGAACAGUUUGGAAGUCAUGUUGAAUCAAAACCGCCUCCAGAACUUGCCGUUACAUCUGAGACUGCUGGGGGACAGGAUAAUUCGGGUGAUGUACAAAUAAGAAUGGAUAACAAUACAUCAAAUGAUGGUACUCUUCAAAUUUACAAAUCAGAUGCUAAAGAAGAUGUAGAAUAUGUUGAGGAUCCUGGAGCAAAAGAGAUUCCAAGAAGAGGAAUUGAGGGAUUGCAGUGGAUUGUAAAAAGCAUCCUGGAGCACAUAGUAUUUAGACUCAUUACUGUAGUGCUGAUUAUCAUGGACUUUAUUUUUGUCAUAGUGGAACUUGCAGACAAUGACUGUUCAAAAAACCGAGAAACAUUGGAACUUCUGUCACAUGUCUUGAUCAGUUAUUUCAUGCUAGAGGUUUUCUUUCGAAUUUUCUAUCAAGGGAAACAGUUGUUAACAGAAUGUCGAGUGUUGGAGAUGGUGGAUAUAGGUGUGGUCACUGUCUCUUUUAUUGUGGAUGUAACAUUUUUAAUUAUUGCAGAAGGGACUUCUUGUGCUAAUAAUUAUGCAAAGUUAUUGAUUAUUGGUCGUGUAGUAAGGAUAUUACGAAUCGCCAGGAUAAUAUUUUUAAUGGUUCAGCAAAAGAGGCACAUAGCUACAGCUUCUAGGAGAAUUGUUUCACAAAACAAACGGCGGUACCAGAGAGAUGGAUUUGAUCUUGAUCUUUGCUAUAUUACUGAGCGUGUGAUUGCUAUGUCCUUCCCAUCAAAGGGAAUGAUGGCCAUGUAUCGCAACAGUGUCAAUGAAGUGGCAAGAUUCUUUAAUACCAAACACAAGGGACACUACAGAAUUUACAAUCUAUGUAGUGAAAGGGAUUAUGAUGAAACCCUUUUUAAUAAUUGUGUGGAGAGAGUCUAUAUUGAUGACCACAAUGUCCCAAGGCUAAGGGAGAUGGUAUCUUUUUGUGCCAAUGUAGAAGAAUGGAUGGAACAAGAUAAACGGAAUGUUAUUGCAAUACACUGUAAAGGGGGCAAAGGACGAACAGGCACAAUGAUCUGUACAUGGCUUGUACACUGUGGGAUAUUUGAUGAAGCACAAGAGAGUUUAGACUACUUUGGAGACAGAAGAACAGAUCUCUCUGUUGGUAAAACUUUUCAGGGUGUGGAAACACCAAGUCAGAGCAGAUAUGUAGGAUAUUUUGAGAAAGUUAAAAAAGAAUUGGGGGGACAAGUGCCACCAGAGAAAAAGAAACGAAUUACAUCAGUCAAAAUAGAAGGAUUAGAAGGUGUUGGAAAUGGAGAUGGGAGUGACCUAUCCAUGGAAAUCAGAGUCGAUGGAUUACUGAUUUAUGAAUGCAGAUUUGGAGAUAAUAUGAAUUGCCAGGUGACAAAAUACACAGAUACACACAGUGUGGUGGCCAAUUUAGAGAACAGUCCUGUUAUUGUGGAUGAUGUGAAAAUUAGAUUUUUUUCCACAAGUAAAAACAUUCCCCAGGUGUAUGACCAUUGUGCCUUCUUCUUCUGGUUUCACACCUUCUUCAUUGAGGACAAUAGGCUCUGUCUAAGCAGGGAUGAAAUUGACAACCCUCACAAGAAAAAGGCAAAAGCUGUGUAUAAGGAGAACUUUGCUGUUGAACUUAAGUUUGAGGAUGUCAAAGAAUGACCAUGACAUGUUGGGACAUUUAAUCAGUUAAGGAAACCUGCUAAAUAAUAAGUUUGUAAUGAAAAAUAUGUGAGUAAGAUUUGAUGGACUUUUUUACAACGUACACUGACAAGAAAUGUCAACACUUUUGACAUUCAUCUUCUAAGUGCAGUUUUGUGUAGAUAAAACUUGGUUGUACUCGACUUUGUCAGCUGAUACACAGGUACUUUGUAGCUAGUUAUAUACUUUAAUGAUAUUAUUUAUAUUUAACUCAUUUUAAAGAUAGUUUAAAAUACUCGAAAAAGAUACUCUUUUCAAUGCAUAACACUGAAUUUGACUCAAAUGUAUCUUCCUGGACCAGUAUUAAACUGUGAUAUCAAAAUUCACCCAUCAUGCAUUAUUACACUUUCAACAUUGUAGCAGUAGCGUAAUGGGAAUGAAAUUUGAAUUUCAGAGCCUGAUUGUAUGGUGGUGAUUGUAAAACUGAGAGUAUGUUUAUCUUUGACAGAGAGAAUCCUGAUUCUAUCAGACCUUAUUUUCAUUAACUCCUGUAAUGAUAGAAUUUAACUGUUUUAUUUAAUCCAUAUGGAAGUCAUACAUGUAUGAUCCUCAGGUUCUGAAAAUCAUGCAUUGAGUAAUUGAAAAUGCUCACAAAAAUGGCUCUGAAUUCCCAAAGUAAUGCGAAUUUACCCACGGUAAUUGUUCAAACUUCAUCAUUAAAGUUAAUCAUGUUAUAUAGGAAAAAUGAGUAAAUCUUGACUAAAGGACUAUAUUCGGUAAUGACCAAUAUUUGCCCCCAAAAUCAAACUUUGACGGAGAAAUAUAUAAUUAUGUUCUAAAACAGGGGAAUAUCUGCAGACUUCAAAGAUGUGAAUAUUUUCAUAAGCCAUGACGCCAUAUGUUAGAUAUGACGUCAGAAAGAUGACGUAAAUUCAAAAUUUCAAUGAUUUAUACAGAAAAAGUGUAUAUUACGUCGAUAAUUUGAGUAAAAGUCACCGAGCGCAGGUCUGCUCCAACUCAAUAUUUUGAUAUAAUGUGUAGAAUGAUAAUAUCAAUGAAAUAUGUAAAUAUUGUUCUUGAGCAGGACUGCGCUCUGUAAAUUUUAUAGUAAAAAUUGAACAAAUUUUGUCCAUUUUUUCCUUUUUCUGAAAAAUAACACAAAAUCCAAAUAAUUUGUGACGUCAUAGAAGCAAAAGUUGCCAAUAAUCUACUUCGAAACUAUAAUAUUUUUUGUUAAUUUAGAUUUCUCUUACAAUAUAUACAAUUCAGCACAUUUCAAGAAAUUUUAAAAAUAUGACUUUUGUGGGGGCAAAAAUGUGCAUAUACCGCAUAUAGUUCUUUUCAGGAAAUGCAAAUAAAGACACCUACUAUGCAUUUUCUAAUUGGAAAUUGAUCAACAAAAACAUUUUAGGAUAAAAAAACUAUAGGUAUCUAGGCAUUUGAAGAAAGUUGCAUGAUUUUUGUACUUAAACAGUAUAUAUACUUUCAUUUCUUCUGUGUACUUCAAUUAUUUUAUAAUGCAUAGUUUAUAAAGUGUUUCCUAUCAUUGCAAAACACCAUAAAUCGUUUCUAAUUUCAUAUCAUGCUAAUUACGGUAGCAUUUGUAUCUAAGGCUAAAUUAAAGGAAAAGUCGAUUUCUUUAAAUCUGUCUUUAUAGGGUAAAAAUAUCAACGUUUUAAAAGACUGUUUCUAAAACUUUAAAGAACCUUGAAUCACACUGAGAUGCAUAAAAUGAAAAUUGUUGCAUGAAAAGAAUUCUUAUUUAAGCUUCAUUUUGAGACUUUUUGAAUUAAAUAAUAAAGAGUUAUCCUUCCUGGCUGAGGAUCGGAUAUCCUUAAAAUGUUUUCAUUAAUAUUCUAUCUUUUGGAUAAAAGUGAAAAAUGUAACUUUUUAUUGACAAGUGUUAUGAAGAAAAGGUCAUUCAAGGAACUAGAUAGGGCAUAAAAGUUUUUAAAGGUUUUCUUGCAAAAAGCAAUACUUGGGCAAAAUUUGUAUUGUAAAUUGAUACUAGUAAACAUGUAACUUAAACAUUAAUUCUACAAUGUACGUAUUAUGUAGUAGUCAUGUAUUAUGAUUAGUUUAUUUUAAUUGUUUUGUUUAUAUAAAAUUGUAGUGUCGUAUUUCUGAUAUUGUUACAUAUUGGAAAAAGUUAAUUGUGUGAUAUUUCCUGUUUAAUAUAUUAUGUAAGACAAGAUGGGAAGUAUAAUAUAAUAUAAUGAAGUACCCUUUGAUUAAAAAUAAAAAAAAAAACAUGAACAAGUCAUUUUUGGCUAUGCCAUCUUUCCAAAAAAGAGAUACCUAAAGUCAUUUUUUGCAUGUUCGUAGUUUUCUUAUUGUAUAGGUACAACAACACCUAUUGUUCAUGUAUUAUACAUGUAAUUACUAGUAUAUCAGAUGUUGAUGGUUAUAUUUAUAUGGAAAAACUUAUCAAUGGCAUUCUGAUAAAAGGAGAGAGUUGUGUUAGACAACAGAGGAUUUUGUUUGGAAUCUUAAGUUUUCUCUGUUAAGAAAUCAGCAUUUUUGAAGUUGAAUGCUUAACUCACCCAUUUAUUCCCUUGCUGCAUGUUUUGAAGUUGACAAAUUGUAGCAUUGUUUUUCUUUAUGAAGUAUUAACCUGUUUGUGAUUACUGGAAUAGUAAAUAAUAUGUAGUAAAGAAGCUUGGUUUUUAAUAAAGAGGCUUAUUUCAAUUUU